AGGCAUCUGACACCCGCGUACCCAAUCGAAGUGAUCUGACGACCGCCACGACCCUUCGCCUGCGCGCAAUCAAUCUGAUCAUUUAAAUACAGCCCAUCUCUCGAUGUAUUAUAUAAUUUGAACCUGUCCAUCCACCGCUCCUCCAGCAUACGAACACCCGAGAUGGAUUCAUAUUCCUAUCGCGAUGGCUCAGCAAGGUCACCCAACGAUCGCACUUGGAGUGCACGAGAAGAUAGAGCAAAAGAUGAAUCUCGCGACAGUUUUUAUCGAGGACGUUCACCCGGCUACGACCGCUCUCGCCGCCGCUCUCGUUCUCCUCAAGCUGUCGAUAGAUACGAGCCUCGGGGCCGCGGGAGAGAUGAGCAUCCGAGCGCCCGCGAUCGCGACGACCGCCGCCGUAUCAACUCGCCUCCUGCUAAUAUAGACCGUUAUGUUCCUGGCUCGAACAGCAACCCCGCUCCUCCUCUAACCUCUAACCCAUUAAUGGAUCCUGUUAAACUUCCUUUUCAGGUUGGGUUCUCAUAUUUCGGCGAGUGGUGGCGGACCAAUGAAAAGAUCAAGGAAGAAAAGGAGCGUGCACGUACCGGACGGAGACGGGAACCUGAACGUCCCCGUGGACGUGAGACUCAGGAGGAUCGCGACAAAGAGAAGGCAAAAAUUCAAGCUGCCUAUGAUGUGUACAGGGAAGAUCUCCAGGCUAAAAUGGCGCGGAGUUUCGUUUCAGAACAUAAGAAGGAACAAUGGUUUCGAGAGAAAUAUGUCCCUGAAGCUCGUGAUCCUCUGCGCGCUCAAGUCAAUGAAUUCCGGCGUGGCGCAUACAAUCAAUGGGAACAAGAUCUAGAGUCAGGCACGUUUGAUGAGUUUUCUCUCGAAGGCCUUCCAAAGAGCGAGAGUAAUGGUGCUGGAGGCAUCGUGGAGAAAGAAGAAGGUGAAGCAACCGCGGCGAAUGAAGUUCUUGGCGUUGGGGACUUGGUGCCUGUUACAGCGAACGAUUUACGUGAUGAGAGUCUCUAUCAGCCAACACUCCUGAUCAAAACCAUAGCGCCUCACGUUAGUCGCCAGAAUCUAGAGGCCUUUUGUAAAGAGCAUCUUGGCGAGGGCGAAGGUGGUUUCAAGUGGCUAUCGCUUAGUGAUCCGAACCCCAGCAAAAGAUACCACCGUAUGGGAUGGGUUAUGCUGCAUCCUGCUCCCGACACAGUUGCCCCUCUUGAUCGUCCAGACCCCAAGGAUGAGGAAGGAGACAUAGAUGCCAAGUCACCUGCGCCCGUCUCCACUGCUGAGAAGGCUCUUGAGGCAGUCAAUGGCAAGACGGUCAAGGAUGAAGUCAGGGGAGACUUUGUUUGUCAUGUCGGCGUCCACAAUCCCCCUAACAAUCCUCGUAAAAAGGCACUCUGGGAUCUUUUUUCUGCACCUGAACGAAUCGAAAAAGACCUGAGCCUUGCUAAAAGACUGGUCGACAAGUUUGAAAAUGAUUUUGGUUCCGACGUCAAUGCUAAUCUGAGGAUUGAGGAGCGAGUAGACUCUCUCAGGAAUGCUGGUCGUCUUCAAGUAGCCGCUCCUGCUACUCCAGCAAAGAAGGUGAAGAAAGAUCGUAAUCUAGAUUUUGAUGCCGAAAUGGAUGAAGGGGAAGAGGGCGAGAUGGGUGAGUCCGACGAGGAAGGCAUUGUCGACGAUGAGGUUGACGACGAAGACCUCCUUACCAAGAAGAAGCAACUGGACCUGACAAUUGAGUAUCUGCGCCGGGUCUUUAACUUUUGCUUCUUUUGCGUUUUUGAAAGCGAUUCUAUUCAUGAGCUUACUCGAAAAUGUCCGGGUGGACACCUUCGUCGCCCAAGAAGCACUCUCUCCUCCGCAGCCAAGAACGUGGCUCGGGCUAGCGCAAAUGGCGACCCUUUCCCAUCUAAGAAACGCAACGAAGCCAAGGACGAAGAAGAGGGUGAGGCACCUGAGCCCGACCGCAAAUUCCGCAACGCCUCCUCGAAAACUGAACAGCAGUUGGAGCGAGCGUACAAAUGGGUGAAAACCUUUGAAGACAAGAUCCAGCAGAUCUUGGAACCAGAAUUGGUUGACGUUCGAAAACUUGGGGGCAAGGCGACAGAGGAUGCAUUGAGUGACGAGCUGACAAAGUUCGUUAAACAAGAAGACGAGCACAAAUUUCGAUGCAAGGUUCCUGAUUGUUCCAAGCUCUUCAAAGAAGAGCAUUUCUGGAAGAAGCACGUUGAAAAGCGACAUGGAGAAUGGCUUGAGAAUAUGAGACAAGAGUUUGAUCUUAUCAAUGCAUAUGUUCUAGAUCCUGCACAUAUUGCACCAUCAAAGACUGAUGCAAACAGCAAUGGGCAUUUCCCACCGGCUAGCGGGCAGAGUCAGCAGGGCACCCCUAGAGGGUUUAAUCUACAAAAUUUUACUAUGAACAACAUGAUGGCAGCAUUCCCGGGAUUCCCCAACAUGACAGGGAUGCCUCUCUUUGCUGGCAACGCUAUGCAAGCGCCAGGUUGGAACGCAGGUGAUGAACGUGGUGGCGGGCCAAUUCGUCGCAACGGACCUGGUGGACCGGGCCGUUUUCACAACCGAACUGGACCAUACGACAGACGCCAACAGCAGGGACGUUGGGGUCAAGAUGGUGCUGGUGCUGGCCGCGGUAGAGGGGGUCCUGGUCGAUGGGGUGACGGUGCCUCUGGCGGCGCCGCCGUUGGGCCCCGUGAAGCUGUUCAGGGACGCAGCCUCAAGAGUUAUGAGGACUUAGACCAAGCCCCGGGGGCAGGUGGUGGAGAGCUAAACUACUAGUUUCGAGUUUGGCUGUUGCUUUUCUUCGUUUCAUUUUGGUUGGAUCUUCGUCGCUGUUCGAGCAACGAGCAUGACAGGAUCGAGGCCAUCGCUAGCAUUUUAUGGACGGCAUAUCAGAUCUAGCAAAUCUCGCCGGGAGACUUGUGUCUGUAGAACGGGCGUUAGUAGUCCGCAUUCGACUGCCUAUCGCUUAACUGUACAAAUUUAGCUUGAAGAUCAUUGAUGGGGGCACAAUCAACUGGAAGUAUAUAUCAUAAUUACGAGCUCCUAUAUUUCUCUAUUUAUCACGCUCUUCCUAAUCAAGAAGCCUAGUAGUGAAUCAAGAUAUCUCUUCACCCUCCUUUUAGUCGCAAUCAAUUGCCAAGCAUCUAGACAGCAUCAG